AUGGCACGGCCUUCCUCUCUCCCUGUAUUAGCACUCGACACCAUGACCAGUGUCAACAACAACACACACACCACUGGCAUGUCUUCGCUGAGCAAACUGCUGGGCUCGCAACCGGGCGGAUCUCCAGCCCCCACAGAUGCAAACAUGACCUAUUCAACUUCCCAGUCCUCGCAGGACACCUGUCACUACUCCACUUCAGGACACUCAGAGGAAACGGCCCACAACGGCGUCAACCACGGCAAGGCUCAGUUCUCGCUUGGAGGCUCAUCUCCAGCAGCAGCGCAACAGUCGUGGAACGGAAACAGCGCCUCGGAUACUCCUCCCAGAAAAGCAAAGGGUAUCCAACCCGGAAUUGCUGGAACCUCCUUCAUGAGAGGCAUGUCAUCCACAAAGCAGUGCGACAUUGAACCUCGGUUCAUUGUGGAUACGUCUCGGCUGUCGCUCGGCGGAUCUUCUGGAGGAGAUAGUCCAGGUGGCUCGUCAUUCGGCAAGAGCCCUUCGUCACUGUCUCUUUUCUCGAGAUCGAGAAAAGACAGUCAAGCUGACCUUAUGGCCUCCAACAGCCCUCUGCCCUCAUCGGGCUCAUCUGCAUCGCUGUCCAACUCUCACGGAUCAACUUCGGACCUCAAGCGGUUCUUCCAAAAGCCCUGGAGACAUUCUAGCAACAAUAAGCUCCCCAGCGACAACGGUGAAAUAUUUGCUGUUACAGGAACCGCACCCGAUGGUAGCCAUGCCUCUAGUCCGACCGCCCAGUCGCCGGUCCUCGGGUCAAACUCUACCAUGGGGGGUUCUAGCUUGGGGUCCCAGUCAUCCCACUCCUCUACCCCUAAUCUUAAGGCCCUGUCUUCGUCCGGACGAGCCCGAUCGGCAUCCCGGUCAUCCAUCACAUCGACUUUUUCAUCGUCCUCCAAUGCAAUCAGAUCUCUGCACGACGACCGACGUACUUCGCUCACUAAGCAUUACUCCAAGCCCGGAAAAGCCCUGGGAGAGGGAGCUGGAGGCUCUGUUCGUCUGGUGAGCCGCAACAAGGACAAGAAGAUUUUCGCCGUCAAGGAGUUCCGCCGCAAGAAUAACUAUGAGACUCAAAAGGAUUAUUCAAAGAAAAUUAGUGGCGAGUACUGCAUCGGACUGACUCUUAAGCACAACAACAUUGUCGAGACAGUCGACAUCAUCUACGAGGGUGAGAAAAUUUACCAGAUUAUGGAGUACUGUGAAUACGACCUGUUCGCAAUUGUGAUGAGCGGUAAGAUGACUCGGGAGGAGGUUUACUGCGAUUUCAAGCAGAUCAUGGCCGGUAUCAAAUACAUGCACGACAUGGGUCUUGCUCAUCGGGACCUGAAACUCGAUAACUGUGUAAUUACGGCUUCUGGAAUUGUGAAGAUUAUCGAUUUCGGCUCCGUUGCAAUCUUCAAGUAUCCCGAAUCUUCCACCAUUCACGAGGCCUAUGGAAUCGUUGGUUCCGAUCCAUACCUUGCUCCCGAGGUGUGCCAGAAUGUCAAAUACGACCCACGCCCUGCCGAUAUUUGGUCUGCCGCAAUCGUCUUUUGCUGCAUGUUGAUGCGAAAGUUCCCUUGGAAGGCUCCCCGGCUCUCGGAUUCGUCGUUCAAAUUGUUCUUGGAGACUGCUGACAGUCGCUCGGCCAGUAACCCCGAAAAGCUGGUUAAAAGUACUUCCCCUGUCCUCAAUCUGGCUCCCCAUAUCCAGCCUGGCUCUGGCGCUGAGAAGCUCUUCUCGCGCCUACCCCAGGAGGUGCGGUUGCUGGUUGGCCAGAUGUUGCAUGUUGACCCUCUGCAGCGAAUCGACAUUUCCGACGCAUGGAAUGACCCAUGGUUGCAGACGGUUGAUUACUGCACUCAUCAGGCAUGUAAGACUCAUCCCCAUACGGUAGUUGCGGACGAUGAGGCCCACAUCGCGAUGCUGGAGAAGAAGAACAAGAAGAAGAAGGCCAGCGAGAAAAUGUGGUAA